AUGUCUCUUUUCCGACGAGUAAUUUCGGCGCUUGAAAAAAUUGCACCAUUAUCUUUAGCCGAUACCAAGGACAAUGUUGGCUUACUUGUAGAACCACCAUAUCCCCGAGAAUUAGCCUCUCGCGUUUUUCUUACUAUAGACUUGACGACUGAGGUGUUGGAAGAAGCUCUUUCCGAUCCCAAAGUGGGUUUUAUUGUCGCAUAUCAUCCGCCGAUUUUUCGUACUUUCAAGCGUCUCACUCUUACUGACACCAAACAAGCUAUUGUCAUGAAAUGCGUGGCGAAAGGUGUCGGAGUUUAUAGUCCACAUACUGCACUGGAUUCUUGCAUUGGAGGAGUGAACGAUUGGCUUGCAAAAGGACUUGGCUCGGGGAAAACAAAAGUAAUUACUCCUUUUGAGAAUACACCUCCCGGUCAUGAAGGAACAGGUUCAGGCAGAAUAUUCACUUAUGAUCAGCCAACGCCUCUCUCAAACGUGAUUGAAAAUGUGAAAAAGCAUUUACGACUUCAGCAUGUUCGAGUUGCUACAGCAGCGAGACACAAGUCUGAGUUAAUUUCGACAGUUGGGAUUUGUGCUGGAUCUGGGUCUUCUAUACUUUCGCAUCUGAACACCGAUUUGUACUUUACAGGAGAAAUGUCACAUCAUGACGUUCUGGCUGCGUUAGCUCAUGACACUAGCGUAAUUUUAUGUGAGCAUACCAACACAGAAAGAGGUUAUUUGUUAGAUGUCUUGAAACCAGAAUUAGAAAGAAUAUUACAAAGUAGUGCUGAUGUAAAUAUAGAUGCGCAAAUAGAAGUCUGCGUCAGUCAACUCGAUAGUAAUCCAAUAAAAAUCAUCUAA